GUUUAUUUUGCAGGGUUGGUUGGCUUGCUUCUCAUCUUGACUGCUGAGGCCAGAAUUGGGUAAGGAAGUUAUAAUACACAUCUGUUAUUACUUUCCACACAUAAUAACCACACUUUUCAGAAAUCAUACGCUGUUUGUAUAUUGAAUGUUUGAAUAUUUAUAUUGAAUAUUGAUGUUGUGCAACAUUUUUCUGCUAUUCUCCAUUAUUGAUUUAUUUUCCACUGAACCCUAUAGGAACUCCUCUGAGUCUAGCUUUUGUACCGAGUCAAGGGAAUGUCUGCUGUAUGAUCUGGUGUGCAAGAAUGACGAUUAUGAGGUGAGUUCAUUGUAAAGCACAAAUUAAUGGCACAUACUGUAAAACUGAGUCAGGGGUAUUAUUUGUGACCACAUUUUGUUUUAUUGUUUAGUUUUCUGUCAGGGUUGCAGAUAAAAUACAAUUGCAUUUUCAUCAGAAUAUAGUUUAUCAACAUGAUAAUAAUCAUUUUUAAUUUUCCAUAAAAUUGUGAAAACAUAGACGAAUGUACCUGCAUUCGUAAAACAAUCCCCACCCAGCUACCAUCCACCUGACAACUCCCCGAGCCCCAGAAACCAGGCUUCCCACCCUUUUCUACCGGGCCUAGACACCAAAGUUGCUCCCCCUGCUCCAACAUCCGCAACUCAAUACACUCUCCAACACAGGACUCUGAGUGAAGGUUUGUGUCUGUGUUACAGGUGCGCCACUAUGACUCUGUGAAAUGGGUGUCGACAGACGAGGAAUGCUACUUCAUGGACAAGGCCAUCUAAACUGCCUUCAGGAGACUCUUCAAAUACAUCACCGGAUCCAACGAGGCUGGUGUGUGUGUGUGUUCGUGUGUGUGUGUGUGUGUGUGUGUGUGUGUGCGUGAAUGCGUGGUGUGCAUGUGUUUGUGCGUAUUGAUCUAUUGUGUGUGUGGUGUAUGCACAUUUUUCCUAUAGGUGUCCAACAUUGACAUGACAGCUCCGGUGACUGUCAAAAUUGAGGAGAAGAAGAGGAUGUGGCAGUCGUCUGUCUUCACCCUCAGCUUCCUCCUGCCGUCUGACUAUCAGAUGACUCCUCCCCAACCCACUGAUAACAGGGGUAAGACCCAAUCUCAAAUAGACCCCCUAGACCCUACGCCUUAUGCAGCUUUUCUAGAGUUCCAGAUGGGCGGGGUUUGCACUUUUGGGACUAUUCCAUUGGCACCACUGAGCCAGGCAAGCUCAAUCGAGCGCAGCUUAAGUAUUUGAAAAAACACAAAAUACUAUUUGAACCCAUGUCAGGUGUGCGUUGCUUUUUAAAGACCCCUGGCUAACAAUGUGGGAUGUCAUUGUGAUUUCCCCGUGCAGGUGUACUUUACAGAGAUGCCAGACAUGAAAGUGUAUGUGAGGAGCUACGGUGGAUGGAUGAUGUCUUGACAUCCAGUGUAAACUCCAUGCUGCUGAAAAGGCAGCUAGACAAAGUCCAGGCCACCUAUAACAAAGACUACCACUACGCUGUGGGAUAUGACAUGUGAGAGCACGGAUACAAAUCCUUCAAUAUACUCAUAUCCAACAUCCAACCCAAUUCACCAAAAUACCUUUUUCAAACAUACUUUAUAUUUUGUGUGUGUGUUUGUAUGUGUGUGUGUGUGGGUGUGUGUGUGUGUGUGUGUUGUGUGUUUGUGUGUAUGUGUGGUGGUCCUACAGCCCAAUGAAGAUUCUGAACAGGCACAAUGAGGUGUGGUACAUGGUUGAGGGAGAGCCUGUCUGCCCUACCUCCUCC